AUGUCCCUUCUCCCGUCUAUCAGUACGUUCAUCACCCGGUCACGCAACCCAGCCCAUGUCUUAGACUACCUUACACGAACCGUACCCCAGCAUCUAGGCUCUAGCAACCAUGAACAGAGUCGAAAUCGGCCUGCAAUCCUCCUCGUACUCGGAAUCUCCCCCGACAACACCGAUCUCGCACGGGAGCAUGGGGCGGUGCUAAACGAUCUGGUCAGCGAAGUGCAGGGCUGGACGGCUCGGGCGAAUGUGGUCGGGUGCAUCACAGCGCCACCUCCUAUCGCAAGGCCAAGAAGUGUGCAUCUAGGGAACGAAGGAGACUCCUUGCUGUCCUGCGCACUUGCGGUGUUCCCUUCGGCAUCUGCACGCGCAUUCCGCGUUGAAUACGAUGAUGAUGGGCGCGUACGCGUCGGUAGAUGGCAUGCUUUUGGCGACAAGCAGAAGGAAGAUCCUGGCGAGGUGAUCGAGGGUCUUCGACUAGAAGACCUCGCAAACAAGCACCUCAUCACUCUCUCAGCAUCUCUCACUGUCCCGCACGCCAUCACGCGCUCCCGAUCGCUCCUCAACCUUCACACAUCCGCCACACCCUUUCUUACAGGCCUCCCGCACACCCUCUUCUACAACAAGCGCAUCCUGGAACGCGGCUGCGUGGGAGUAGCGCUGGAUACAUGGCCCCAAGCAGAAGUGAAGCCGACGUUCUCGGGCAUGCGUCGCGUCGACGAGAAGACGUACAGCGUCACUGAAGCGCAAGGCAACCUCAUUACCGGCCUUUCUGGCGAGAAACCGACCCAUCAUUUCCUCCGCACAGCUCGGAAGGCUGGUGCUGAACCUGCGAUGUCGCUAGUCGAGGACCAGGGCUUCGCACUUGGUGUUGUACGAGAUGGAACGGUAACGCAAAUGCACACCAUCAUGUCGAGUGACCCAUCUCGAGGGACGCUUGCGCUUGAAGAGGGUGCCUAUAUCCCCUCGGGAAAGGAUGUUGCUUUCUUCGUCCGCGACCCAUCCGUCUCAAACGCUGACCGCGACUUGCUGAGACGACCUUCCCAGCCAAAUAUCGCGUUCGUCAACCCGCCCUACAUGACUUCUGUCGAAGUCGAGCCCUCGCACGCUGAAGAUCGCGCUGGUUUGAAUGCGGUCUUCCCCGACUCCGCUGAGGAGAUUGUCCUCCCCGACACCUUCCUUGCUUCUAGCGAAGAGGGGUUCAGCAUGAUGGAGGGCUUGGGCAUGGUGUGCGGGUUGUGGUGGCCUGACUUGAACCUGAAGAGGCUAGGGGUCGUCUACUUCACCUUCGCCUUCUCUGUACACAGGGUGUUCUUCCAUGAAUACGUCGCCUGA